AUGCGCACCAGUUUAUCUUUUUCAUUUGCAUUCUGUGCACUUGCUAAUGUUGCUUCAUGCUUAUCCAUUCUAGGUAAGCGUAAUUCGGCUUUCAUCGCAGGAACAGAGGCGGAAUCUCUUUGCAUUCAACUUUCUCAAUCAUUCCGAGCUCCGUCAGGAGUCACAAUCAAUAAUACGUGGACUCAAUAUUUUCCUGAAGGUUCGCCUAAUUCUAUCGAAUUUUUGACUUCUUCUUAUCCAAACGGAACAAUUCCCGCUGGAGUGAAUGUGAAAAAGAUUUUAGAAGAUCUUAAACCUGAUUUUGAUGAAAAGUCACAAGGGGAAUACGGACGUUUGUCUCAAAAUGGUUUGCCAGCUUUCUGUCGAUUUGUUACAACCAUAAUUACAAGCGUAAACACAUCCGCUUUGAGCGAAGUUUGGCUUCCUCUUGCUUCGAAUUCUUCUGUACCACUUGCUACCCCAGUAGCUUCACAUUCGAAGAAACGAAGUUCAUCUCGUCAAGUUCGUUCGCUUCCCGGAGAAGAAAUACUCGGCUAUACACCCGGUUGGAAUGGUAGAAUUGCCAUUAUUGGAAAUUCAGCUCAAUUAGGCUUUGUUUCGAUGCCCACUAUGAAAAGCUAUUUGGGGAGAUACAUGUUUGUCGUUGCCGGAUCAAAUCUUGGACACUUUUCCGAUAAACUUUCUGUAGAUUGGGUUCUGAAAGGAGGAUUCAUAGAUACCUUAACGGAUUUUGCUUCAAGGGCAAAUCAUCUUACAACUUUACUCGCCGAAAGUGUGGUUGAUCAGUAUUACGGCAAAGAUUGUGAGCAUGCCGUUCGUAAUCCAAAAGAUAGCAAUCGCGUUUAUCGAUACUAUGUAGGCACAAGCGGAGGAGGUGCACAUGGCUUAUCAGCUUCACAAGUAUACCCGAAUGAUUAUCAUGGUAUUCUUACUGGUGCACCAACAAACAAUUUCAUGAAUCAAAUCGUUGGAAUACUUCAUACUACUUCUUUGCAUAAUAAGUCAUUCAUUGGCGAAGGAUAUUUCUCGAGAAAUGCUUUAUACGGUCCUGUUAAGGACAUUGUUACUCGUCAAUGCGAUGCUCUUGAUGGCUUGGAAGACGGCAUUAUCUCUGCGCCUACACUCUGCAAACCACAUCUGGAACCAGAAUUGCUCUGUGGCACAGGCAAGACAUAUGGUCAAUCGAACGCCACUUGUUUGACCCAAGCACAAAUCAAUGCAGUUUAUCAAUUGUAUAAUGCAACAUACCUUGAGGGGGAACAAGUGUAUCCAGCCUUUUGGCCCGGCUUGGAAGAUUCUGCGGCAAAAUUGAAAUCAUCAAAUCCAAUGGCAAGUGGUUGGUAUCAAUUGGUGGUGCAAAGGAAGUCAGCAUUGAAUGAUUCGUUCAACCCAUUCACUGACCUUCGUCUGUCUGAGCUAAAGGCAGGAAUUGCUGCAGACCCAGGAGGUGUGAAUUCGGCCAAAACGGAUUUGAGUAAAUUCAUCGGUGCGGGCGGAAAAAUGAUCAUAUAUCAAGGAUCAUACGAUCUUAUCCGCAGUCCGCAAGCAACAAUUGAUUAUUUUAACGAGAUGAAAGCAAACACUACAGCCGUCUUGGGAGAAGAUCUGGUUACCUCUUCCAUCAAACUGUACGAAGUGUUUGGUAUGCAACACUCCCGUAAUGGGCCUGGUGCAUCAAACUUUGGUGCACCUGAACAAAAUGAUAUUGGACAGAGACCAUACAAGUAUGAAUCAGGCUAUGAUAUCACUUUGGCAUUGAUCGCUUGGGUCGAAAAGGGAAUCGAGCCAAACGGUCAAAUUGCAUUGAAGUAUGAAGUGAAUCCUGUUCCGGUCACUUCCGCAAAUGUAAGCAAAAGUGAUCCGGCAGAUCAAUUACCCGCACAGAAUUUGCAAGAUUAUAAUUAUGGUGUUGUGUUCUCUCGAUUGCUUUGCCCUUAUCCAACAAGAGCUGUAUAUCAAGAUGGUGAAGACGCCGAUGACGAGGAUGGAUAUCAAGCUUUCUCUUGUAUCUAGUGUGAUAGUCGAUCUGUAGUCUGAAAUGCUAUACUGCUUCCUUCUCCUAUUUUGGCUAAACUUCUU